CAAUAAAACAUAUUAAAAAAAAAAAAAAAAACAGAUGACAUGAAAAGCAACAUUGACUUUUUGAUGGAGAAAAGGUCACAAGUAGUCAAUGAUGGAAAUCCUUUCUUGUUUGCAAACCCAGAUGGAAGAGGCCACUUGAGAGCAACUGAUACGCGGCGAAAUCAAGCCCAAAAGUGUGGAGCAAAGUAUCCAGAUCAGCUUAGGUUGACAAAACUCAGGAAGUACAUUGCUGUCAGUUCUCAAAUCAUGAACUUGAAAGAUAAUGAACUUGAUAUUUUAGCGACCUUCAUGGGCCAUGACGUAAGAACUCACAGAGCCUACUACCGCCUGCCGGAUGCAUCACUGCAAGUAGCAAAGAUUUCUAAAGUACUCUUCAGCAUGGAGAAGGGAGACCUAAAAGCAAUGGCAGGAAAGACGUUGGAUGAUGUCCGUGUAGAUGCAGAUGAAGGUCGUGAGGGAGACGGAGAGGUGUUUAAAGGAGGUUGUCCCUAACAGGAAUAGAGCAACUCUGGAGGCCAUCAUCUCUAGAUGGCUACUGCCCGGCAGCCACAUUAUCAGCGAUGGCUGGGCAGCCUACGAUAACUUGGACCAGCUGAACGGAGGAAUCUACCUCCACGAUGUCGUGGUGCACGAAGAAAACUUCGUUGACCCCCUUUCUCCCAUGGCUUCACACCAACACCAUCGAAGGUCGGUGGAUGCACGCCAAACGGAAGCUUCGACGGCAGUUUGAAACUAGCAGAGCCCUGUCCCCAUCGUACCUAGACGAACAUAUGUGGCGCACACGCACCGGACCAAACAAAUUCGGUGAGAUCAUGUGAUGCAUGCCCCAAUUUUACCGUGUAAUCAGUAUUCAGCAGUGUUUAGUUUCUUAAAUUGUUUGUGCUGUGUAUUGUAUUUUGGGUAAAAAAAUGAUACAUGAACUCUAUUAUUUCAUUCGUUGUGAUACAUGAGAUUGUGAUUCGUAAAACCCAUGCAAUGGACAGAUGAUGCAUUCCCUCAUGCAUAUGUUUACAAAUGAUUUAUAUAAUUAAGUGAUUAGAUUAUGUAACAUGCUUUAAAAUGUUUAUGACCAGUGUAUAUGCCCAUUAACUAAGUCUUUUGAAAACGUCACUUCACAGAAAGUUUUGCAUUAAUCCAAUUCUUGUCAUCAUACUAUAAAAGGUAUGAAUCCGUGUUAGAGAAAAUAUAUUGUGUACUCAAAAUGUCCAUAUUUGUAUUCUAAAUGCAAUGUUUUUUAAAUGGUGAAUUCUGGUUUACAUGUAUAGUAGUCAAACGUCUAUGAUCACAUAAGGAAAAACCUAUAUACACUCUUGCAACCAUAUUCAAUUACAAGUUCAUAGCAGUUGAAAAAACAGUUGAAAUUAUGUACGCGAAUUGUUGUUAUCCUAUGCAAUCUAAGGUAUGACUGAACGUUGAAUUGAUUUUGAUUUUCAGAUACAAAAGAAAAUAAAAUUUUGUUUUUGUAC